CGAUAAUCCUUGUGUAUCAUCGCUUACACAAUAUCCAAAUGUUAUCACUUCCAUAAGCUGAAGCCAGAUAUUAAAAUUUGUGGCGUGUAAAGCAGUCUCGAAAGACGAUAUUCUUACCCAACUACUGUGUUAGCCAGCAAGCUUGAAGUACAGGGUAGGCGGGGUAAAUCAGUCGACUAAACCGAGGUUGGGUCUUGGGGCGGACGAGCUAGACGAGCUAGAGCAAGCUAUGCAACAUCCCACCUCUUUUUAACCUUUCAACAACAUCAAUCCAAAUCGCAAGAUCGGAACGAAGCUACUAGCAGCUAGAAAACAGCUUUCAAUGCGAUACCUAGCCACUCUCCGAGCUCAGUAACCUCCGAAUCCCCGCAAAAACACAUCGCCCACCAUGGCCACCGGACCAGCAAAGCGAGCCGCCGCUUCAGCGCUCAACAAGGCCACAAAAGCAGCAAAAGCGACCGCCCCGAAGCACUCACCACUGCGACCAGCGCCGACAUCGCCAACAGCAGCAGCGAAGCCAACAACAGGAGUAAAAGCUUCAAGCCCUCUAUCACAGGCACCUCCGCCUCCGCCAGCGACCGCAACGGCCCCAGUAUCAUCAUCACCACCACCUCUACCAACAAAUGACUUGACAAAAGAGGGAUCAUCCGGGGGAGCACCACCACCACCACCUCCGGGAGGAGAAGGAGGAGCAGGAGGAGGACAUCAACAAGGAAAAGGAGGAGGAGAAGAAGCGCCACAACAACAGUCCCGUCCUCCCUUUCCCAAAUGGAAGGCCGCCGUCUGGACCUUGGCCUUCACGGCCGUGACUGUGACCGGAACGAUUUAUGGUGCUGGUCUUAAGACGCAGAAGGAAUGGAGUGAGGAAAAACAAAAAGUCCAAGAAGCCACCGCCCAAGACAAAAUCGAGAUGCUCGUCAACCGCCGCGCCCAGCUGUUCAAAACCAAGAUCGAGAUCGAGCAGAAGCUGGCUGAUGUCAGGGAGCGCAUGAGGCUGGAGAAGGAGAAGGAGGAGAAAGAGAAGAGUGGUGCGGUGGCGAUGCCGAGGAGGUGAUGUGGCCGCCGGCGUUUCGUUUCAGACAACAAACAGACGACAAAUAACGGCAGAAGCGAAAGGAAAAGGGGAUGUAAGGCUGGCUGGUUGGGUUCAUGAGUGGUGGGGGAUCAUCAUUCUCAUUGUUUUCGCCUUCCGAAGAUCCGGUUUGGGUGGGAAAUUUACGUCCGUGUGGAAAGAAAGGGAA